AUGGCGGGCGCUUCACAAAAUUCACUCAUCUCCACAACACGGGCAUCAGACAGUUCGCCCUCGGUACAACUGCACCCGCUGGUACUCCUCACCAUUUCAGACUGCAUUACGCGACACACUCUACGACGACAGACGGGUCCAAUAGUAGGGGCGAUAUUAGGCUCUCAAGAUGGUCAGAAUGUCACCAUGGAGGUUGCUUUCCAGGCAAAGCUCGACAUCAAUGCGGACGGAGAUGUAGCGCUCGAUGAUGAGUGGUUCAGUAAACGUUUGGAAGACUUCAAGGACGUUCACAAGCAACCACAACUUGACCUGGUGGGCUGGUUCACCUUGGGCGCAGUUUCAGGCCCAGAGCCUCACAUUCUCCCUAUACAUUCGCGCAUAUCAGAGCUGUAUACAGAGUCGCCCCUCCUGUUACUCUUCCACGCAGAGACGGCCUUCUCCGAAGCAACCGCUGCUGGCAAACUACCCCUCACCCUGUACGAGUCAAUAUCGGUCUCGACAACUAGCGAGCCAAAUGACAAGGCCAUGGACAUUGAUGGCGCAGUGCAAGCCAAGUCUACAAAGUUUCGGGAGCUUGUAUAUUCGAUAGAGACUGGGGAAGCUGAGAUGAUAUCCGUAGACUUUGUUGCCCGCGGAGGUGGCAAUGCUACGGCUGUGGAAGGCUCGACCGGCGGUCCUAGUACACCGAAGAACGGCUCUCCCAACGCCGAUGACGUUGCUGCAAGGCGACUACUUCGAGGCAAGCAAAAGGAGAAGGAAAAGGAGCAUGAGCAAAAUGUUGACGACUCGACUGUUAUGACGGCAGAGGAUGACGAGAUACUCUCUUCACUGACGGCAAAGAUGAAUGCCAUCCGCAUGCUGAGCCGUCGCAUAGCACUCCUUCGUGCAUACCUCGAUGCGCUCCCUCGUUCGUACCUCUCAGACUCGUCAUUACCCGUCGCGCCUUCCAUGGACGCAAAAAGCACACUACCGCUAGAUCAUUCGAUUUUGCGCAGCGUCUCAGCCAUGUUGGCCCGUAUCAAGAUUCUUGCGCCACCAGAUUCAGACGCCUUCAACCUUGAAUCACAACAAGAAGCCUCGGAUGUCCAGCUCGUCAAUCUUCUCUCAUCCAUCACCAAUUCCGUGUCGGCGGCUAGGGAUCUCGGACGCACCAGCCAGCUAGUUGAGAACGCCAAGUCCCAGAACAGGAGCCGAAUGGGCAUGAACGGCGGCAUGUCUGGCGGCUACGGAGGAGGCGACAGCAACUUUCUCGGCACCGUCAUGAGCGGUGGAAGUCUGGGUGGAGACAGAAUUCCACCGGCAGAUGGUCCGCUGACAUUUACGAUGAAUCCCGCAGAUCUCCCAUUUCUCAACGUGGACGAAUCUGAUGACGACGACUACGACGAAUCCGACGACGAGUACGAAUGGGACACUCGACACCGUGUCGCCAGUUUUGCCUUCUCGAUGCUCAUUCUCAUGCUCUGUCCUUUUAUCAUAACCUUUAUCGUGAUCGCGACAGUGCUCCUGGGGCCCUGCCAGGCCACCUUGUUUCUCAUUCGCCGCACCUACCGCUUCUGGAUCCGUCAUGUCCUCUGCAGGCUUUGGCGCUGGUUCCUCGAACGUUGUCGUCGCGGUCUGUAG